AGAGAGCGCGCGCACACAGAGACUCACAUCAGCAACACAAGAUGGGCAACGUUCAACCCACAAUAACUCCUUUUGAGGACUUUGAUGUGGUGGCAGAUAUCAAGGCUAUCCGUAAAGCCUGCAAAGGAAUGGGGACAGAUGAGAAGACCAUUAUCUCCAUUCUAGCAAACCGCUCUGCAGCUCAGCGGAUGGAGAUUAAACAAACAUAUUUAGAAAAAUAUGAUGAUGUGUUGGAAGAAGUGUUGAAGCAGGAACUUGCAGGAAACUUUGAAAAUGCCACUGUGGCCAUGCUGGAUCCGCCCCACAUCUUAAUGGCUAAAGAACUGCGGAAAGCCAUGAAGGGUGCAGGCACGGAUGAGGACGUGCUGGUAGAAAUCCUCUGUACCAGCACCAAUCAGGAUAUUAUAAAGUGCAAAGAGGCAUAUGCGCAAGUGCAUGAACGAGAUCUGGAGGCUGACAUUGAAGAUGACACUAGUGGAGAAGUGAGGAAUCUUCUGGUGUCUCUCUUACAGGCCAACAGGGAUGAAUCUUAUGAAGUGGAUGAGGUACUGGCUGAGAAGGAUGCUAAAUCGUUGUUUGAAGCAGGGGAAGGUCGCUUUGGAACAGAUGAGUCCACUUUCACCUACAUCCUCACUCAAAAGAACUACCGACAGCUUCAGGCCACCUUCAAGAUAUAUGAAACUCUCUCUGGGACAGAUAUUCUGGAUGCUAUAGACAGUGAAGCUACAGGAACUUUGAAGGACUGUUACAUUACCCUGGUGAGAUGUGCUAAAAACCCUCAGCUGUAUUUUGCUCGUCGCCUGAAUGCUGCCAUGAAGGGAGCAGGAACUGAUGAGGAUACACUCAUACGAAUUAUUGUAGGACGCUCUGAGGUGGAUUUGGAGACCAUAAAGGACAUGUACUUGGAGAAAUACGAUGUUACCUUAAAGGAUGCCCUGAGCUCAGAGUGCGGUGGUGACUUUAAGCGGCUCCUUUUAGCAGUACUUCACUGAGUUACCAACAGGUGGAGCCAGAGAGUCAACAAGUAACCUUACUUAAUGUAAAAAUGCACUGAUAACACUGCCUAUGAAAACUACAUGUGCAAUCUGUUAGAUUCUCCUCUUUCUGUACAGAGGGAUCACAGACUAGACAAACAUGCUUUUUGUAAUGGUCUAACAAUUCAUCACAUGUAUUUUACAAAUGAAAAACCACAAAACCAUCUCACAACAUUGUCAUAACAUUCUGUUUUGACAAGCAAUAUUUUUUACUGCAGUGAAUUUGACCUCUGCUUUAACUCACUACAUGUGCCUUGAAAAGUGUGAGAACAUCAUGACAUUCAGUGUUCAGCAUUUGUUUUACAGAACAAACCACAAAGGGGGAUUCCUUCAUUUAAUAACCUCUUUUACAGGUUCUCUUCUUUGUACAUUGUCUAGUUAUCUAUAAACCAAAUUUGUACAUGUUAGAAGUCUUUAGUACCUGCUAAUAUCAAAACAUAUAAUCUAAUCAUAUCAUACUAUUAAGAGCUGCUAUAUGAAGAGAAAAGAUGGUCAGUACUUUAGUCUUUGAUUAUGCUAUACAGCAGACAUUUACUGUAUUAAACCAGCAGUUGUUGUACAAUGUUAAGUUUAAUAUUCUAAAGCAACAGUGUGACUUUAUUAUUACAAUGCUUCAAUAUAUUUAUUUUUUAAAUAAUGUUUAAAGGACUGUUGAUACAUGAAACUGGUGAAAUAUUUUUUGGAUUAGGGACCAUAAAUUAAAAAACAAUUCAUUAUAAAAUGUUAAAUCAGAAUAAACACACUUUUGUUUGAUGUAUGUGCUUCUUAUGGGAUUAUAAAUAAAUAACAAAAAUACAUUUGUCGGCUUUUACUGAAGCCUUCCUUCAGUCUUGAUGCAAUUUAGAUUUUUACUAAAAUGCUUUAAAAGGGUCAUACCACAGAUAUUUUUUAAUACAUUUAAUUUAGUUGAAUAAUUUAAUUUUAAUUCAUAAUAUUUUCCCCUGAUGUCCAAUUAUAAUGUUAGUUUUUUGGCAUUAAAAAUAACCUUUUUGUUUUCUUCUUUUUUUAAAUUUAUAUAUAUAUAUAUAUAUAACACAUUUCAACUUCAUGACAAAUCUCCAUCAAAUUAAACGGAGUAAUCUUUAAUAAAAUUACAUUUUAAAACCUUUUGUUUUUUAACCCUGGAGAACCCACGGGGUCAAAUUUGGCCGCUGUUAAUUGCUGUUACCCAAAAUGAACAAAAAAAUAAAAAUGGUCAAAUUUAACUUCAAAAGCCCACAGUGCCACUUCUGGCCCCUGCAUAGAGACACCUAGUGGAUGAAUAUUGAACUCACAGGUGCCAGAGUGGUAGUAACAAGAUGGCUGACCACAUGCUGUUUUGUUGAGCUGGAAACCUAUCCGAACAAAAUCGUCUUCUCAGCAAAUCAGCGGUUGGUAAAAUUGUGUAUUUUUUGUUAAUCUGUUUAGUAUUAGCUUGCAGAAUGCCUAGAAGUAUGUUUUAUAUUAUUUUUGGAUAAAUUAGCAACUCUGAGCUAGUUCAAAAAACGAUGGGCCAAAAAUGACCCUCUGGGUGUAUGGGUUAAACAAAUGUCGGGUCAAAAAUGACCCUUUGGUUCUUUGAGUGACUUUGAUGGAGAAUGGUGACAGUCCUGUAUUUGGCUAAAGCCUUGAAAUUAUUUCAUUUGUAUAAUAUAUUUUACUAAGUUACCUCAGUAGUACAGGGCCAGAGACUAAUAAAGCAGUAUAUAUUUUCAGGGAGUAUGGCCGCUCCCUUUUCAGGACAGGGAAAGCAACAGAGAAAGAUCACUGUCAUACAAGUAUUGGAGCAACUUGAAGCUGAUGAUAGUGACUUUGGCCCUGAAUUGGACAGCACAUGUCUAGUGUGAGUUCCUCUCUCUAGCAGAAUAGAUUUUUGGAUAAGCAAAGACCCAUGGUGUUAGUUCUUUUCAGGUAGUGAUUUUGGCCUUGUGUUCUUGUUUCCAUUGGCCAAAGUGUUUGUACAUUUGAAAUCCAGUUCUAACAUUCAACAAAUAAAGUUAAAAA